GAGCCUUUUUAACUCAGUCCUCUAAUGGACACCCCCCAAGAUAAAGCAAAAAAGCAUAUCUAUAUUUCAAACAAAAACACUUCUUCUCAAAUACUCCAAACAUUAAAAACCUUUUAACAAAACUAUCUCUGUUUUAUUUUUUCUUUGUAAAAGAUAACGAUGUCGGAGAAUUCAAGAAACUUGGAAGCUGGUUUGUUACUUAGGAAGAACCAAAACGACAUCAACGAGUGUCGUAUCACUCUUGUUGUGCUCUUCAGCACUUUCGUUUCUGUUUGUGGUUCUUUCUGCUUCGGUUGUGCCGCAGGUUAUUCAUCAGUUGCUCAGACAGGGAUCGAAAAUGAUUUAGGCCUCUCUGUUGCACAAUACUCCAUGUUUGGUUCUAUCAUGACUUUUGGAGGAAUGAUUGGUGCCAUAUUCAGCGGGAAGGUCGCAGAUCUCAUGGGUCGAAAAGGGACAAUGUGGUUUGCUCAAGUUUUCUGCAUUUUCGGCUGGCUUGCAGUAGCAUUCGCGCCGAACUCCAUGUGGCUUGAUGUUGCUGAUGCAGAGUUGUGGGUUGUCUUUAUACUACGUCAUUGGAACUUUUAUUCAUUGGCGUAAAUUGGCGUUAAUCGGUCUCAUUCCAUGUGUUUUUCAAGUUGUGACUUUGUUCUUCAUUCCAGAGUCCCCUAGACUACUGGGAAAAUGGGGACGCGAAAAAAAAUGUAAAGCUUCAUUACAACUUCUCCGUGGAGAAGAUGCAGAUAUUUCUGAAGAAGCCAACACUAUCAGAGAAACAAUGAUUUUGUUUGAUGAAGGACCAAAAUCGCGGGUUAUGGAUUUGUUUCAGAGAAGAUAUGCUCCGUCUGUUGUUAUUGGUGUGGGACUAAUGCUUCUCCAACAAUUUUCUGGAAGCUCAGGACUUAUGUAUUAUGUCGGUAGCGUGUUUGACAAAGGAGGAUUUUCAAGCAGUAUUGGCUCAAUGAUUCUUGCAGUGAUCAUGAUACCAAAAGCUCUAUUGGGUUUGAUUUUGGUUGAGAAAAUGGGACGGAGGCCGCUUUUAUUGGCUUCUAAUGGUGGAAUGUGCUUUUUCAGCUUGCUCCUCAGUUUUACCUUCGGUUUUCGGUCAUAUGGCAUACUUGAUGAACUCACUCCGAUUUUCACAUGUAUUGGUGUAGUGGGUUUCAUCUCUGCAUUUGCCGUAGGCAUGGGAGGCUUACCAUGGAUCAUCAUGUCUGAGAUAUUCCCAAUGAAUGUUAAAGUUUCUGCUGGAACUCUGGUUACUUUGGCCAACUGGUCCUUUGGUUGGAUUGUAGCUUUCGCCUACAACUUCAUGCUCGAAUGGAACGCUUCAGGAACGUUCUUGAUCUUCUUUGCUGUAUGUGGUGCGGGUGUAGCCUUUAUUUACGCUAUGGUACCCGAAACUAAAGGAAGAACAUUGGAAGAUAUACAAGCUUCUCUCACAGAUUUUCUACAAUGAGAUUGAGUUUCACCCUGUUCAUAAUUAUUAUUCUUUUUUUUUUUUUUUGGAUUACAACUGGAUGGAGGUUUAUAGUUUAUUUUUGUUGUAAUUGUUACCUCAUUUGAAGCAAUAGAGAAAAGAGAUCCCUUUAACAUAAGGUUUAGAUAUCGCUCUUUCUCUCUCUGUUCAGUUUCUAAAAGUUACUCCCACUUAAUGUAUAGUCAUUUUUACACAAGAGAAAUUAUAAAAUUUGUUUUUAAGUUA